AUGAAAAGUAGCCGGUCAGAAGGGCUCGUUUGGCUGACGGAGCUACACUUCCAUCUUAAUGAAAGCACCACUAAUAGUGUCAAGGAACAAAAUAUACGUAAAGCUGAUAAUGAGGCUUGGCGCUAUAUACUGCCGUUCUUCAUGCUAGUUUCGGUGGUCCUAUUCGCUCUAUUCCGGUUCCUUGGAUCUGCGGCUGGCCCAACGCCACUUGUCUGUCCAGAGAAGUCCGUUCGAUACCCAGUCAAAGUUGGAGACUCAUGCUGA